UUUACCAGCGUUGACGAGAACGUGUUGUAGUGUGUUGUGGUCUCGAAAUGAACUUCAGAUAUUUAGUUGGUAGCAGGAAAAUAUUUGGAAACGAGUAAUUCGCGCCUCUAUCAGCGACUGAAAAUAUGGAGGAUUUAGAACUGAGCCUUUCAUCUCUGAGCAUCAUAUCCAGACAUGUUGAUAAAAGUCACAACGAACUUAGCCAGUAUCUGUCGAAACAGAUUUGGAGCCAACAGGACAGAAGGUGCAUCCUGGAGUGCUUGGCUCAGCUUCUCUUGGAGAGGGAUCACACUUUGCUGGUUGCUCGACACCUGCGAGCCCUGGUUCUGGAUCUGUUGGAGCGGAACGCGGACAGGGUUAAAGCCGGGGGCAGGCUCAGCCAUGACCUCCACGAGCGCCUGUGUGUGGCUGUCAGCAAACUCCUGGGCAUCAUUCCUGAUGCACACGCGUUCGCUGCCAGGUACUUCAGCCAUGCCCCGCCAGUGUUCCAGAGGCUCUUCUUCACCAGUGAAGAGUCGUCAGCCGUCCAGUAUGGCCCCAGGAGGAUGAAGCUGCGGGACCUCAUGGGCGCCACCCUGCGUUUUCUCCAGAGCGAUUGUGCCAAGUUUGGGAUGCUGUGGGACUGGAGUCCCUGUGUGUCACAGCUGCUCACCAGUGACGUCAUGGUCCGAGGGUACACCGGCCAGUGUUUGGCCCUGGUCUCUCACAUGACGGACAACCAGAGAAGCAUCUUCCUGAGGAAAGUGCUGACAAAUGAUGAGAUCAUGCACAUGAAAAUGAAAGCUUUGGAGGAAGGUCAACAGAUGGAGACGGAGAGAGCCUUGGUGUUAGCUAAUCAAGGAGGUGUGAUGUGGCACCAGGAGAUGGGUAAGAAGUCGACCAGAGGGCAGGUGGUGUCGGAGGACCUGUCCUUGAACGUUGUGGCGGUCUGCGGCGUGGUGCUGCCGAGGAUCGGUCCCAGACAGGCUGAACAAGUGAACCCGACAGACCUGGUGCUGGUGGACUCAACCUGGCGUAACCUGAGAAGACUGGCUUUGGCUGUGGCUUCCCAGAAAGCUGUGCUUCUGGAGGGUCCAAUAGGAUGUGGUAAAACUGCCCUGGUAGAGUUCAUGGCUGCCAUCACAGGGCAUACGAAGGCUACAGAGAUCCUCAAGGUCCAACUCGGGGAUCAGACGGACAGCAAGAUGCUGCUGGGAAUGUACCGCUGCACGGAUGUACCAGGAAAGUUCGUGUGGCAGCCAGGGACGCUCACACAAGCUGUUUCCAGAGGCCAGUGGAUCCUCCUGGAGGACAUUGAUCAUGCACCUCUGGAUGUGAUUUCUGUGCUUCUGCCUUUGAUGGAGAACAAGAAGCUGAUGAUUCCAGGACGGGAGGAUUGCAUCGAUGUUGCUCCUGGAUUUCAGUUCUUUGCUACCAGAAGGAUGUAUUACAGAGCUGGAAGUUGGCACAAAGCUCAGAGCUCUCAUGCAGCCCUGCUGGAUAAGUACUGGACCAAGCUGCAAAUGGGCAACAUGCCCCGAGAGGAGCUGAAGAAGGUGCUCAUCAGCAGGUAUGCCAGCCUGACGGUGGUGUCGGACCGUCUGCUGGAUAUCUACUGCCAGCUCACUGGGGAGAGACACUCCAGCCUGGAUGCAGGCAGCCUCCAGACCUCCGAUGAGGACCAGCAACGCGAGGCUGAAGACAAAAACACCCUGCUGGAGGGGAGAGCUCUUUCCAUGAGGGACCUUCUGAAGUGGUGCGAGCGAAUUGCUGCAAACUUUGACAGCACAUCAUCUGCAACAGCACAGCGUGUCUUCCACGAGGCACUCGACUGCUUCACCGCCAUGCUGUCGUGUCCCGCCAGUCGACUGCGAAUGGCUGAGAUCAUUGGAACCAAACUCAACAUCUCCAAAGAGAAGGUGCAGCACUUCUGUCAGAUGUAUCAGCCCGCCAUCUCGCUGACCGAGCUGCAGGCUUCGGUGGGGCGAGCCGCUGUGUGUCGGAAGCCAACAGAGGCCGUACAGCUGAGUGUAGAUAACAUGACAUUUGCUGCCACACGACCCUCCGCCGUUCUGCUGGAACAGCUGGCAGUAUGCGUGGCCAAAGGAGAGCCGGUUCUCCUGGUGGGAGAGACGGGAACAGGAAAAACCUCCACUGUACAACACCUGGCCAGAGUUACAGGACACAGGCUGCGGGUGGUGAACAUGAACCAACAAAGUGACACCGCCGACCUUCUCGGAGGGUACAAGCCAGUAGACCACAGGCAGAUCCUGCUCCCUCUCAGGGAGGCCUUUGAAGACCUGUUCUCUCAGACAUACUCGAGAAAGCAGAACCUCACCUUCCUUGGUCACGUGCAGACCUGCUUCAGGGGGAAACGUUGGCAGGAUCUGCUCAAGCUCAUGGACCAUGUCUGCAAAUCUGCUCUGGCUAAGGAGGUGCAAGAGAAAUCAAACGCUGCCAUGCUGCAGGAGCAGUGGGAGGCUCUGGCUUCCAAGCUGAAUCAGACUCGGCAGCAGAUUCGGGCCUGUGAGACAGCCAUGGUCUUUGCUUUUGUGGAGGGAACGUUGGCUCAGGCCGUGAAGAAGGGACACUGGAUCCUGUUGGAUGAGAUCAACCUGGCAGCUGCAGAGACUCUGGAGUGUCUGAGUGGACUUCUGGAAGGUAGCGCCGGAUCGCUUGUGCUGCUAGAUCGUGGAGACACUGAGCCCCUGGUUCGCCACCCAGACUUCCGUCUCUUUGCCUGCAUGAACCCAGCUACUGAUGUGGGAAAAAAGAACCUUCCUCUGGGCCUUAGGAACAGGUUUACUGAGCUGUAUGUGGAGGAACUGGAGAACGAGGGAGACCUGCGGAUCCUGGUUUCAGACUACCUCAAAUGCUUAAAUCCACAUCGGAACGUCAUCAGCGGCAUCAUAAGUUUUUAUCUGGCCGUACGAAGGGAGGCCGGCUCCCAUCUGAUGGACGGGACUGGCCACAGACCCUACUACAGCCUCCGGACUCUGUGCAGGGCCUUGAAAUAUGUGGCUGCAAACCCCUGUCAAAAUGUGCAGCGCUCGCUCUAUGAGGGCUUCUGCCUGAGCUUCCUGACUCAGCUGGACCGACGAUCCCACCCCCUGGUCCAGAGACUGGUGUGUCAGCACAUUUUAAUGAGGAACAUCAAGUGUCUGAAACAGUCGGUUCCAGCCCCCUCAGGCCGACCCUGUGUGCAGAUGGAGGGCUACUGGGUGCCACAGGGGGAGAUGCAACCAGCUCUGGAUCCCAGCUAUAUCCUUACCCCCUCAGUGAAACUCAACCUUGGCGACCUCAGCAGAGUUGUAUCCGCAGGGACUCACCCGGUGCUGAUCCAGGGAGAAACGUCAGUGGGGAAGACCAGCCUGAUCCGCUGGCUGGCCACGGCCACAGGGAACCAGUGUGUGAGGAUCAACAACCACGAGCACACCGACAUCCAGGAGUACAUCGGCUGCUACUCUUCAGAUGAUAGGGGGAAGCUGGUGUUCAGAGAGGGAAUUCUGAUUGACGCCAUGAGGAAGGGCUACUGGAUCAUCCUGGAUGAGCUGAAUCUGGCCCCCACCGAUGUCCUGGAGGCCCUCAACAGACUGCUGGAUGACAACAGGGAGCUCUUUGUGGCCGAGACUCAAGAAGUCAUCAGAGCUCACCCCAGAUUCAUGCUGUUUGCAACUCAGAAUCCCCCCGGUCUCUACGGCGGCAGGAAGGUGCUCUCCAGGGCUUUCAGGAACCGCUUUGUGGAGCUGCACUUUGACGAGCUUCCCAGUGGAGAGCUUGAGACCAUCCUCCAUCAGAGGUGCAGCUUGCCUCCAUCCUACUGCGCCAAGCUGGUCAAAGUCAUGCAGGACCUUCAGUCACUACGUCGAGGAUCUUCAGUGUUUGCGGGGAAGCACGGCUUCAUCACGCUUAGAGAUCUGUUCCGCUGGGCGGACCGCUACAGGCUGGAGGAGCAGACAGAGGCUUCCCGGGACUGGCUGCAGCACUUAGCAGACGAUGGGUACAUGCUGCUGGCAGGUCGGGUGAGGAGGCCAGAGGAGGAGGCCAUCAUCCUGUCCACCCUGGAGAAGCACUUCAAGAGGACGGUGAACCCUGAGGAUCUGUUUUCCCAGAAGCAGGUCAUCAGCCAGUUCAGUCCCCACGUUGAUAGCAUUGCUGGCGUACCAGAGGAGUUCCGCCAUGUGGUGUGGACACACGGCAUGCGGAGGCUGGCUGUGCUGGCUGGUCGGGCGCUGCGCUUCGGGGAGUCCGUCCUGCUUGUAGGAGACACGGGAUGUGGAAAAACAACCAUCUGCCAGCUGUUUGCUGCUUUAGCUGGACACAAGUUCUUCUCAGUGAACUGUCAUCUGCACAUGGAGACGUCGGACUUCCUCGGAGGCCUGAGACCCGUCAGACACACUCCUCAGACGGAUGGAGAGGACGGAAGACUGUUUGAGUGGCAUGACGGUCCUUUGGUGCUGGCCAUGAAGGAGGGAGGAGUGUUCCUCAUGGACGAGAUCUCCCUGGCAGACGACUCGGUGCUGGAGAGACUCAACAGUGUUGUAGAGACGGAGAAGACCCUGGUGCUGGCAGAGAAGGGUGGCGGCGACGACGACCACGUGGAGCUGAUCAGACCUGCUGCAGCUUUCCGUCUGGUUGCCACCAUGAACCCUGGAGGAGACUUUGGCAAGAAGGAGCUGUCCCCUGCUCUCAGGAACCGGUUCACAGAGAUCUGGUGUCCUCAGAGCAACGGUCGCAGCGACCUGGUUCAGAUCAUCCAACACAACUUGCGCCAUGGCCUCUCUCUGGAUGGCGGUGACAUCGCAGAGCUGAUGCUGGACUUCACGGACUGGCUGACCCAGCAGGACUUUGGACGCCGCUGCAUCCUGAGUGUUAGAGAUAUCCUUUCAUGGGUUAACUUCCUCAACGUGGUGUGUGAGCGGGACGAGGAUGACUUCAUGACGAUGGGAGCGCUGGAAGAUGAAGAAGCAGAGUGGGACCUCAGGCUGGACACUGUGACGGCUUUUAUCCACGCCGCCUGCUUGGUUUACAUAGAUGGUAUUGGAUCAGGAACUACGGUGGCCUGUGCAGACAGUGCUCUGAUAGCACGAAGGAUGUGCCUCGGCUUCCUGCACCAGAGGCUGAGUAACAUGACCAAGCUGGACGAGGAGAUGCUGGAUGCUCUGAGAGUCUAUGACAGCAGUCUGCCUCGGGAACCCCAGUGGGGCGAAGACUUCUUUGGAAUCGACCCUUUCUACAUUGCUUUGGGGCCUCAGACGGACAGCCGGAACCUGGCGGACUACACCAUUGCAGCGGGCACCACCUCCAUGAACGCCCAGAGACUUCUGCGGGCCCUGAAGCUGCAGAGGCCUGUGCUGCUGGAGGGAUCACCCGGCGUGGGAAAGACCAGUCUGGUGGCAGCGCUGGCCAAAGCAUCGGGGAACCACCUGGUCCGAAUCAACCUGUCAGAGCAGACGGAUGUCACUGACUUGUUUGGGACGGAUCUCCCGGUGGAGGGAGGGAAGGGAGGAGAGUUUGCGUGGCGGGAUGGCCCUCUUUUGGCUGCUCUGAAGGCAGGACACUGGGUUGUCCUGGAUGAGCUGAACCUGGCCUCUCAGUCGGUGUUAGAAGGUCUGAACGCCUGCUUUGAUCACAGAGCAGAGAUCUACAUUCCUGAGCUGGGCAUGAGCUUUCAGGUCCAGCAGGACAAGACCAAGAUCUUUGGAUGCCAGAACCCAUUCACUCAGGGUGGUGGACGUAAGGGGUUGCCCAAAUCCUUCCUCAACAGGUUUACCCAGGUUUUUGUGGACCAGCUCACAAGUAAAGACAUGGAGUUCAUUGCUGAUUCUGUUUUUCGCAGCAUUGACAAGGAAAUUAUUGCCAAAAUGGUGGAAUUCAAUAAGAAGCUUGUGCAGGAGGUGUGUAUGGAGAGGCGGUGGGGUCAGAAAGGAAGCCCCUGGGAAUUUAACCUGCGUGACUUGUUCCGCUGGUGUCAGCUGAUGCAGAACGACCAUUCGCCAGGAUUUUUCAACCCAGGCCAGCAUGUCACCUUGGUUUAUGCUGACAGGAUGAGAAGCGAGGCUGAUAAGGCUCAGGUGCUGUCAGUGUUCAGGCAGGUGUUUGGAGAGGACUACGAGCCUUACUGUGGCUCCAGAGAGUUCCACAUCACUCCUCUCAAUGUGCAGGUGGGCUUCUCGGUUCUGCACCGCAGUGGUGGAGCUCCUGUGGCUCUGGACCCUCCUCUGUCCAUCACACACCAGUCCUUGAGGCCCCUGGAGUCCCUGAUGAAGUGUGUAGAGAUGGGCUGGAUGAGCAUACUGGUUGGCCCCACCGCGAGUGGGAAGACCAGCCUAGUGAGACUGCUGGCGCUGCUGACUGGACAUCAUCUCAGGGUCAUGGCCAUGAAUAGUGCUAUGGACACCACGGAGCUGCUUGGAGGUUUUGAGCAGGUUAAUAUAAUGCGCCCAUGGCAACAGGUGCUGGAGAGCGUGGACUACAUGGUUGCCAUGGUGAUAAGACGUGGUCUGAUGUCCCUGGAUGUCGGCAUCCAAGACACUGAGUUCCUGCUGCAGACAUGGGGCGUAUUCUGCCAGUGGUUGAAAGAGGAAGGGCUGCAAAGGACUGAAGGAACAGUCACGGCUGAGGCGCUAAACAAGCUGGAGGUCAUCAUCCUCCUCCUGCAGAAGCUCAACACCAAACUCAAAGUCUUCACUGACAUGUCCAAGCUGCAGAUGGACUUCAUGCUGCUGAAGGAGCGUCUGGCUCAGCUAGAGGACGGCUGGACAAAUGGGGGCUUUGAGUGGCUGGAUGGUAUGCUGGUGCAGGCCCUGCAGGCUGGUGACUGGUUGCUCAUGGACAAUGUCAACUUCUGUAGUGCUUCUGUCCUGGAUCGCCUGAACGCUCUCCUUGAGCCCAGUGGAUCACUCACCAUCAACGAACGUGGCGUCAUAGAUGGGAAGACGCCGACUCUUACCCCCCAUCCUAACUUUAGGCUGUUCCUGACCAUGGACCCCAUGCAUGGGGAGCUCUCCAGAGCGAUGAGGAACAGAGGGGUGGAGAUUUACAUCCCAGGAGAAAAUGAAGGGGUCUGCUGGGACACACUGGACCUGAAGACCCUGCUUCACAGUGCAGGGGUAACUGGGGACUGUGUGUGUCAUCUGCUGAUUAAACUGCACAAAGACAUCAAAUCUACCAUCUGGGAUUCCCCAGCUUCCUCAGUGGCCUCCCUCCUCCAUGCAGCCACCCUGCUGUCCUGCCAGCUGCAGAGAGGAGUAGAUUUACCCAAAGCCCUGCAGCAUGCCUGUGGAGAAGCCUACGCUUUCUGCCAACGCACCACAGCCAGCCAAAAGCAAGCCCAGCAGCUCAUUGAGCAGCACUUGGCUGUCCUUCACUCAGAGAACUGGGGAAGUGGACUGUUGUGUGCUGCAGUCUGGCCUGACGGCUUCCCCUCAGCACUGGUCUCCACAGAGGAUUCAUGCUUCUCCUCCGUCCUCCGAGAUGGACAGGUCCUCCUGUUUUGCCUCAACAACCUCAGCCUGCAGGGCAAGCGGAAUCGUCCACUGAGUUUGAGUGACCUGCGGCAGGCUUUACAGAGCAGUGGUGUCCAUGAGGAUGUGGUUUUCUCUGGAGGAGUGGUGGAUCUGGAGGAAGGAGAUGCUCUGAAACUUGUCCCCACAGCAGUGAGAUUGGUUUCAGAGAGAGCCUCUCAUGGAGACUGGAUCCUUCGCAGCAGCUGGCUCUCACACCUGGUGAAGAGCUACAAACAUGCCCUUGAUCCAGUGCUGGUCCAUGUGGAGGCAGGAAACCAGGCUCUAAAAGCUGUGUUCAGUAGCCAACUUGCUACAAGAGGCAAGUCGCUUGCUGGGCUGUUGCAGCCUCAUAACAUAGAUGAAUACAGGAUUCUGGUGGACAUGCGCUGGAACAAGCAGUAUCUUGAUAUUUUAGCCAACAAAUGCAACUUUGAGGAUGAGGAGCGAUACACAGAGUUUCUGGAAGCUUUGAAUGCAGUUGCCAACAGGAUUGCUCUCAUGAUGGACAGAGAGGAGAGAUCUGUCAUCUGCAACGCUGCCAUCAACAUGUGGACUCAGAACUGCUCUCUGAGGAUCGCCACAGCCUUUAGUAAAGGGACGGUAGAUAUCGGUCAUCUGCCUCAUCCGGUGUUGAUGCACCUGCGGACGUUUUUCGACCUGUGGGACUCGUUCAUCCUGAAGGCGGUGCAGAAUGGACAGCCCCACAUUUCAGACCACAUCAUGUUUGAGAUCCGACAGCUGCUUCAGUGGCUGGAUCGUUUCUGGGAUGUGUGCAGCACCCUAGCGGCUGACUUUCAGGGCGUCUCCAUGCUGUCGCUCCACUGGCAGUGGGUGCAGAAACACCUCAUCCUCCGCCUUCCUCAGCUGCUGCUGGGAGAGCCUCACUCCUCAUUUGAAGGUAACCAGGAGCUACAGGUCGUUUCAGCUGCCAUCCAGGCGGUCCUGUCCAUUCCGGUGUCUGUGACCACCGCUCUGAAAGGCAUCCAGAAGACCCUGGGGAAAGCUCUGCCCUUCAAGCUGGCUUCAGUGGCUGAAUGUGCUGCCCGGCUCAAGCUCCUGAGUAAAGCUGUGGACGUCAACCACCUGAGGCUGGACAGCUCUUUGGCUUCUUGGAGGCAGGAUCUGGUCCGUCUUCAAGGUGCUGGACUCAGGCUGGACAUCAAAGAAAGUCUCCUAGAAGCCUGGGGUCUGGUUCUGUUGGCGAACAACCAGCUGGACCCACAGAAGUCCGGGGUGCUGGAGAAGUUGGUGUCGAGUGUGGAGCAGCAGCACUGUCACAUGACCUCCAGAGGACUCUUGGAGGACUGGUCUUUGUGUGAGGGGGAAGAGGCUGGAGGGGUCAACAUGUCCAGGUCAGAGCUGCUCCAGCUCAGCCGCCGGACUCAGCUCUGGCCUCUGAUGGAAGAACUGGCCAUACUCAACCAGCUGCGACUCAGCUCCGACCUGCUGCGUCUGGCUCUGUCUCCUGGCGACCUGGAGGAUGAGGACUUCUUACGUCGGGAACUGUCCAGACAUCUCCGUUACUGCCUUCAGUCAACGCCGAUGAAUGCCGGCCAGCUCCGGUCUCUGUGGUUCCUGCUCAGCAGUGACAGGCUGGCUGAGGAGGUGCCGUUGGUGUGGAGCGAGCUGCUGUCAGAAGCUGUGGCUGCCCUGUGGACCUGCAGCGUGACAUCAGACCCGGACCGCUGGCUGAACUGGGACCCUCUGACUCCAGAGACCCAGCCUCGUGCACCACUCCACCACAGAGCGGAAAUCAUGGGUCCAGCCCUGCUGAGUAAAGCGGUGUGGUCUCGUUGCAUGCUGGGAGUGCUCAGCAGCUGUGUAACUGGUGAUCAGUGGGACCCCUCAGGAGCAGCCCUCCUUUCCCUGUCCCAUGUAAACCUCGAGGAGUGGAAGGAGAGGAUCCAGCAGCUGCAGGACCUUUCUGCUGUGCUAUGGGGCAACAUGGCCAUCUCUGCCCUGGCUGAUUUCAGGGGUACAGACUCCAGGCUCCAGGGUUCGGUCCUGCGUCGGCAGCUUCAGAGCAUGGCAGACCUGCUGCCUCCCAGCCUGCAAGAGGGCUAUAUGGAAAGCUGUGAGAGCCUGGUGGAGAACGCCGACCCCCUCAUUGCUGCCCAGGAGAUCCAAACAGUCUUCAGAGACUUCUUACCUCCAGACCUCCUCCCUGACGGUCUCCUGAGGGCCUACAUCACCUGUCUGCAGCAAUACGUCCAGGGCAAAGUCCAAGGUUCCAACUCACUGGCUUGUUCAGGAGCAUUCUGGGUCAACAUGGGCCUGCUGCAGAUCAAAGUGUGGACACCACAAACCAUUUUCGACCCCGCUGUGAAGAGGGCCUACAAACUCCGUUACACCCAGCAAGAGCUGGCUCUGCUGCAGGACGAGUGGAGGGCACGGAGCUUCUCGUCUCAGCUGAUGACCGGAGCAGAGCUGGAGGAGAGCAGCACCACCGAUGGCUUCCAGCAUCCUCGAAUCAGGUAUCUGUGGAUCCGCAUGCAGCAGGUGAAGGACCAGAUCUCCGAGCUGUCCAGGAAGCAGGCCUUUCGCCCUCCUCAGCCUCAGUAUGGUCAGCUCUUCCAGGAGCUCCAGCAUUACCUCUGCAGCAUCGGCCAGAUGUCGGCCAUUGAGGACCUGCAGUCCCGGCUGCAGAAGGCCCUGCAGGGCUCCUCCUCUGCCAGGUCCAGGUCUGCAGUCCAGGCGCUUCUGAAAGAGGAGGCUGUGUGGCAAAACUCCCAGCAGCGCUUCUGCCAGAAGCUGCUGGAGGACUACUCACUUUUCCCUGACGUGGUCGGCCCGGUGAGGACCGGGAUACUCCUGCUCCGGCAUGGCAUGAGGCUGGUGGCCUCCCAGGUGGCUAGCUGUCUCACUCCUGUCCCAGGUCUGUCCAAGCUGGUGUCCUGCCUGCUGGCUUUCCCCUCCAUGUCCCCCAGCCUGCCAUCCUACCUGGCUCGGGCAGAUUUUCUGUGCUCCAGGGACUGCAUGGAUGUUCUUCGCGGUCUUCUGAAGCUUCUUCCCCAGCAGGACCCAGAUCACGUGAUCCCACAGUCCUCCAGUCUGAUGCUGAAUGCUUUGCUGUAUGUCCAGUGCCACGCCUUGUCCACAGGAGACUUUGGUCCGGAGGCGUGCCAACUUUUCAGACACAUCUGCCUGGCUGUGGUGAAUGAGUGGGACGAGCAGGAGAGAGGAAAGAGGGAGCGAGAGCAGCUGGAGGCCAGUCUGUACCGCAGCCGCAGCCGGCUGCAUGGCUCAGGACUAACGGAGGACGAGCAGGACGAGAAGGACUUCAGGCUCCAGUUCCCUCAGUUCUCUAAGGAUUUUGCUGACAUAAUGUCCCAAACAAGUCUGGAAGGUCCUGCAGACACCGAGCUGGAGCAAGAGGAGGACGAAGGCCAGCAGGAAGCUCCUGAGACGGGCUCUUUGUCCUCCGUUGCCAUGGACACAGUGGUCCAGGUCCACCAGCGCAUGUGUCUGGCAUACGCCAGAUCACUGUGGUACCACGGCGCAGCACCAGCCAAUCACAGCAAAGAUCAUAUUAAAGCCCUAAUCUCCUCCUACCAGAUUGCGUCCCCUGUGAUGUCACACUUCUAUCAUCUGAUUGAUUCGGAGGUGGACCAGGGCCUGACAGGCAGCGGGCUGCUGGUCUCUGCGCUCCUCCAGAACACGGUGCAGGGCUCGGGGGGCGUUGCCGAGCUGGCCGUGACCUCAGAGGGACCGUACGACUUCUACCAGCAGCCCAACAUGAGCCAGGCCCGCUUGUGUCUCCCUGUUCUGCAGCAGAUGAGUGAAGCGGUGAAGCAGAGGCUGCAGGAUUGGCCCGAUCACCCCGCUCUGGUACAGCUCAUGGUGGUGAUUGAGAGGAUCAUGGCUUUCAGUCUGGCCAGCCCACUGGCAAAGUUCCUGAAUGGUCUGGAGAUCCUGCUUAGUAAGGCACAGGACUGGGAGAACAAUGCCAGCCGCUCGGUGUCUCUGCGGAAGGAACUGGAAGCGGUCACACAGCUGAUCAUCUGCUGGCGCAAGCUGGAGCUGAACUGUUGGUCAAACAGUCUGGACAAUGCAAUGAAGCGGCACACCCAGAAAUCCACCAAACACUGGUUCUCCAUCUACCAGCUGGUGGAGCGGUUUCUACAGGAACAGAGGGUGGAGACCAGUCCAGAUGAAGAAGUGGAGCGCCUCUCUGUAUCUGCAGUAUCAUCUACUCUCCAGGCCUUCAUGGAGGGUUCCACCCUGGGCGAGUUCUCGACCCGUCUCGGCAUGCUGCUCAGCUUCCACUGCCACCUCCUGCUGGCACCCCCCCAGCCCGGACGAGAGUCUUUGUCCAGUCUUCUGUGGAAUCUUCAUCAGUACUACAGUCAGUUCUCUGAAGGCAUCCUGAGCAGAAUCACUCAGCUCAGACAGCCCGUUGAGAAGGAGCUCAAGGACUUUGUCAAGAUCUCCAAGUGGAAUGACGUCAACUUCUGGUCCAUCAAACAGUCAGUGGAGAAGACACAUCGAACUCUGUUCAAGUUCAUCAAGAAAUACGAGGAAGCUCUGAAUAGUCCCAGCGUUCCUGCUCUGGUUGAACAAGGAACCAGUGCGAGCUUGGACAGCGUGGACACGAACUCAGAGGAAACACCUAUCCAUCGAGUUCACCGAGUUCUGAAGAACAAUCUGCCUGGAAAGGGAAGAGAUCUGCAGAAUGGAGACCCAGACGAGAGCGCUGCAGCAUCGUCUUUACUGGCUCGUCUGCCUGUCCUGUCCAGGAAAAUGAAGAAGAUGUGCAUCCAGCUAACAAGGAAAAACGCAGCUCCUGAACUGGCUGAAGAUCUCGACUGCUUCACUGGUGAGGUGAUCAGCAACCUGAAGGACCUGCAGAGCCUCUACGUGGACAUGACAGCAGAUAAAGACAAGCAGAAGUCUGAGGUCAAACACAUCCUUCAGCAGAAGCAGAGGGCGCUGUCCGACCUCUUCAAGAUGCUCGCUGAUAUAGGUCUGUCGUACCGUAAAGGCCUGACAUGGAGCAGGACGUCAUACCCGGAGCAAACCCUCUGUCUGCAGCCGCUGGAGAUGAGCGCUGCCCUGUCUGCUGUGAAGAACCAGGACCAGGCUGAGGACAUGUUGUUUAGGGAGCUGUUGACCACAUGGGAUGGAUGUCAGAAGUACUUCUACCGUUCGUGGGCCAGAAGAACAGCGCUGCAGACAGCUCUGCAGCACGCUGUGAAGGAACUAGGGAUAGGAAAUAUAGAGCGCUGCAGAGGUUUCUCCUCCCACCUGUUCAAGCUUCUCCUCAGACAGAGACGUCGACUAGCUAAACUCACUGAGCAGUGGGUUUCCCUCCGGAGGCUGACAGACAACAUCCAGGACAUUAAGACCCACUAUGAGGAUCCUGGCUGCACCCUCCCUCCCCAGGACUCUCUGGGGGCCUGGCUGAACCGAGGCCAGGCCCUGGCCGCCCAGUGUGCUACGCUUCUACAGCAGCUGGCCUGGCUGCUGCAGGCUUGUCCUGAAGACCCGCAGCAGAGCGAGCAGGAAAGCAGUGGCAUGCAGCGCACCCUGAGGUGUCCGUCCCCGCUCGCAGCCCUGCGCCAGCCCCCUGGCUGCUUGAUGAGGAGGGGGGACGCAUCGUGGUCCAAGCUCCACCAGCAUGUCACUGACAUGCUGAAGCAGAGCCAGGACCUGAAGAAGGAGCUGGCUUCUUUGGCACAGCAGGCCUCGGAGACAGUUCUCUACACAUGGAGCAGCUUUUCCACAUGCAGCUCAGCUGUUGAGCAGCUGGGAGCUGUGGCAGCUCAGAUGUCCAGCAUUCAGCAGCUCUUCACCCCCGCCAUGUGUGUGGGCAGUGCAGCCAGCCAGCCAGGCAUCUUCCAGAGCCUGCAAUAUGUCCGAGGACAGGUGGAGGCUUGUAUCACAGAGUUCACCACCUGGAAGACCCAUCUGCUCUCCCUGGGACACCAACACACGGAUCAGCCGUCGGCCUUCUGUACUCGGUUCUCUGCUGAGCUGGAGGCGAGCAUCAACGCGGUGCUGUGUGCCGUUCAGACUCUGGUGAAGAGACAAGAGAGGGAGCAACAUGAAGACCAGAAGAGAGAUGCUAGUGAAGAGGAGAAAGAGCCGUCUGCGGAUGACCUGCUGAAGCCUGGUCACCUGACCCGGCUCCUGGGGAAGGAACUGGAGGCUGAGGUGGAGGCUCUGUCUGUGGAGGAUGUCAUGGUCGGGGUGGGGAGGCUGCUGAGCUGUCUGAGAAGACGCAGAGACUCCUGUCAACCAUCACAGAUCCAGGAGGUAAACAGGUCAUGCAGGAUGUUGGUGCGCCUUGAACCUGUUCUGGGGAUUUACUCGGACCUGGUGCGCUACUACCUGGCUGUUUCACUCGGAGUACACAGGAGCACUGGCAAACUCCUCUCAGUCCUGGCCAGCAUCUUCACCGAGCUCGCCCAGAAGGGCUUCUGCCUGCCUCAGGAGCUGAUGGCUGCUGGAGAUGGAGAGGGCGCCACCGAGUUCCACGAUUACGAAGGGGGGGGAAUUGGUGAGGGCGAAGGCACCAAAGACAUCAGUGACAAGAUCGAGAAUGAAGAUCAGGUGGAGGAUUCCCACCAGGAGGGUCAGGAGAAGGAAGAGCAGCAGGAUAAAGGCAACAUCAAGGCAGAAGACAACGCCAUUGAAAUGUCUGAAGACUUUGAUGGCCAGAUGCACGAUGGAGACGAGAAUGAAGCAGGUGAAGACAAGCAGUCGGAUACAGAAGAAGAGGACGAGCUGGAGAAAAAAAUGGGAGAUCUGGGAGAAGGUCAGAUGGAUACGCUGGAUGAGAGAAUGUGGGGGGAUGAUGAUGAUGAAGAUGAGGAAGAAAGUGAGGAGGAGGAGUCUGGGCAGGGCAUGGACCAGGGGGAGUCAGAGCUGGUUGCCAAAGAUGACAACCUGGAUUCUGCAGAUCCCAGCAAAGACCAGAAGAACCGGGACAAGGAGGAGCCCCUGUGUGAAGAGGAGGAGAAAAUCCACGAACAAGGAGACGAGAGGGAGUUUGAUCAGAAUGAAGUGGACCCCUUUCACGGACAGCAGGACAAGGUCCCUGAGCCUGAGGCCAUGGAGCUGCCCGAGGACCUUAACCUGGACCAAGAUGAAGAGGCUGGAGAUGAUGAAGACAGCAAGGGUGAUGGUGAAGAUGAAAAUGCAUUCAGCCUGGAUGACAAAGCCACGGAACCGGAGAUGAAGGAGCAAGAGCAGAGAGAUGGAGGAGACGAGGAGAUGGACCAGAACCAGGGGGAGGAAGAAAACAACCAGGAGCCCAAAAUUGAAGAAGAAGGUGGCGAGAAAGCAGACGAAGAGGAUGCUGCUAAAAAAGAUGAGGAGGAGGAGAGAGAAGGAUCAACAGGAAGAGAGGACAUGACGGUACCAAGCCAAGAAGGACAUGAACCAAAGGAGGAUAAGGAAGGAGAAGAUGAGGAGCAGCCAGACUCAGCUGAGAGGAAGGAGCAUAGCACAGACGGCCAGACUGGAGAGGAAAAUGUUCAGAGUGAGAUGGCUGUGGAGCUGGCAGGGGAGGCGUCGGAGAGGGAGCAAGCUAAAGAGGAGCAUGGCACUGGAGCAGCUGAUGCCAGCCAAUCAGAGGGCCACUCUUCAAAGCUGACUGCAACAUUGGCUUCUCAGAAGCAGACUCGGAGCAAGACUCAGAGCUUUAAAAGGAAACCUGGCCAUGCAGAUAAUGAGCGCUCGACAGGCGACUACAACGAGCACAUUAACAAGCGUCUGCGUACGGUGGAGAGCAACAAGGAUUGCUCUGAGAACAGGCCAAGUGAUGCUCAGCAGGAGUCCGACCUGUAUGAACAUAUUAAUCAGGGAGACACGGCCUACGACACUCAGACUUACGAUGUUGCCAAUGCAGACCAGCAAAAAGCAGCUGGGCCUCAGAAGGACCAGAAUGAGGAUCAGAAUGAGGAGGAUGUUGCCAUGGAAACGGAGCACCAGGAUGAAGAGCUUCAAGCUACUGAGGCCAAGGAGCUGAAACUUGAACAACUGAAUGAUUUCAAGUCUUCCCAAAAAGGUGCCAUCAGUGGAGAUAUGGAGCUGCAGGGAGAGGAAGAGGAGGGGGAGGAGGAGAGGUGGAAGGAUCCACAGCCCAAAGAAGAGCGAGCCAUGAGAAGCACAGAAUCUACCAUUCAUACUGUUCCUGAGCUGUUACUGGACGUCACACAGAGAGCAGAGACAGACCCAGACGAGAUCAGGAAGGAGAUGGAGCUGCAGCUGGAGGCCUGGCACAAACUAGCUCCAGGAACUCAGGAGGAGGAGGGUGCAGCAGCCUCCAUGUGGCAUCAGUACCAGACUCUGACGUCAGCUCUGUCCCAGCAGCUGUGUGAGCAGCUCCGCCUCAUCCUGGAGCCCACACAGGCCGCCAAACUCAAAGGUGAUUACCGCACAGGGAAGCGUCUGAACAUGAGGAAGGUCAUCCCAUACAUUGCUAGUCAGUUCCGUAAAGACAAGAUCUGGCUGAGGAGGACGAAGCCCAGCAAGAGAGAGUACCAGAUCUGUCUGGCUGUGGACGACUCCUCCAGCAUGGUGGACAACCACUCCAAACAGCUGGCGUUCGAAUCCCUGUCUGUGAUCAUCCAGGCUCUGACUCUGCUGGAGGUUGGACAGGUGUCCGUGUGCAGCUUUGGUGAGCAGGUGCAGCUGCUGCAUCCGUUCCAGCAGCAGUUCAACGAGCAGUCGGGGGCCCGGAUUCUCAGACUCUGUCAGUUCCAGCAGAAGAAGACCCGGAUAGCUCAGUUUCUGGAAACCUCGACAAAAAUGUUUGUUUCAGCUCGUCAGCAGAUUCCAGGAUCCGUCAGCUCAGAGACGGCCCAGCUGCUGGUCAUCGUGUCCGACGGCAGGGGCUUGUUCCUGGAGGGGAAGGAGCGAGUGAUGGCCGCCGUGCGAGCAGUUCGCAGCGCCAACAUCUUUGUGAUCUUUGUUGUACUAGACAACCCCAACUCCCGGGACUCUAUCCUGGACAUCAAGGUACCCAUAUUCAAAGGGCCAGGAGAACUCCCAGAGAUCCACUCCUACAUGGACGAGUUCCCCUUCCCGUUCUACGUGAUCCUGAGAGACGUCAACGCCCUGCCCGAGACGCUGAGCGACGCCCUCCGGCAGUGGUUUGAACUGGUCACGGCAGCUGAUCAGUGAGCCCGGCGGUGGUGGUAGACCGGAUCCCAGCGAGGACGACUUGCAUCGUGCACAUGCCUUCGUUUAGUUUGCUUCAGAUUUUAGUCGUUUCAUAGCAGCUUUACUGUUGUCUUUAUUCCAGAUUCAGCUGAAUGUUUUCGUGCAUGUGACGUGUCAGUAAAUACCUCCUGCCUCAGUACAGGUUUCCACCUCUUUCAUCCCGUCUGGAACGCACCUGCAGGGCGAGGAACUCUGCAGUCCUGUACCAAGUAGCAAAACGUGCCUUUGUGAGGACAGAGUCGCGUCAUGUUGCACCUGAAGCAGGUCAGCAGGUCGCACCUGAAGCAGGUCAGCAGGUCGCACCUGAAGCAGGUGCUGUUCCAGCUCUGAAGCACAGCAGCUGCAGACGCUUGCAGGACUCAUCUUCAAGCUUUUUAAAGACCGUUUCUGUGUUUGUUUCCUGUGUGUGUGUGUGUGUGUGUCACUGCAGUGUUUGUGAUUUGUAACGUGAACAUGAGCAGACAUCUUUAUUUUUUCCAUCUGUCAAAUCAUGAAAAACGUCUUGAUAAUAAAUGGUUUACAAAG